AUGGAAGACGACCGCCGGACAGUCACAGAGAUCGACUACAAGAAGCAUGAGCAGACCGUCAAGGAGUUGGAUCGCCAGGAGAAGGAGGAGAAGUUCGAGAAGGCGAAGCAGGAGGCGUCGCAGUGGUGCACGCUGGACCACGAGCACGGGCCGUGGUGCCGACGGCCCACGGGGGGCUGCUCCCACGAUCACCAGAAGGAGUGGCAGAUCUACGAGAAGAGCACGCAGGAGAAGAUCGAUGCGGCAGACCGCUUCCGCCAAGAGGGCAACGAGGCAUUCAGGAAGCACAACUACGGCCUGGCCGCGGUGCACUACCGCAAGGCGCUAUUGCAGUUCGACUACACCUUCCCAGAAGGCGAGGAGGAGGAGAAGGCCUGCGAACGGGUGAAGGUGCCAUGCUUGCUCAACCUCGCGGCCUGCAAGUGCCAGCAGGAGGAGUGGGACGAGGUGCUCAUGAACUGCCGUCUGGCGCUAGAGGUGGACCCUCGGCUCGUGAAGGCAUACUACAGGCAGGGCCUGGCCUACACGGCACGGGACGAGUUCGACCUCGCCAAGGAGGCCCUGCUGAGUGCCCACGAGAUCGAGCCGAAGAACGCAGAGGUGCUCGCGUCCCUCAGGCAGCUGAAGGAGAAGAAGGAAAAGUACAGGGCCCGCAGGAAGGAGGUGGCCAGGGAGAUGAUAUCCGGAGCUGCCGAGGAGGACGCGGAGGCGCCCGGGGCCGCUGCGAAGGCGGCCUGCGCGCCGCGUUCGAAGUCCCUGCCGUCGUUGUUGUCGUUGCCGCCGCCGCCCCGCAGGGCCUUGGGAGGUCUGGGUCGCAGGCCGGACGCUCUCAACGACAUCGCUCCUGCCAAGAUCAGUACACUGCUUGGUGUUAGCGGCCUAAGGGGGGCGAUGGAUCUCUCCAUGGUGAUGAUGAGGAUGAGGAUGAGAGUAAGGAUGGCAUUGAGGAUGAGGAUGAGGAUUAGGAUGGUGAUGCUGCCUGUGAUGGCGAUGGUGAUGGUGAUGAUGACGACGAGGAUGAUGGUGGUGGCGGUGGUGGAGUUGAUGAUGGUUGUGAUGAUGAUGAUAACUCUUCCGCUGUUGCUGAUGAUAAAAGUGCAAAUGAUAAUGGUGAUGUUGCUGGUGAUGAGGAUGAGACUGAUGAUGAUGCUGGUGAUGUUAAUUAUGAUGAUGUUGAUGAUGCUUAUGCUGCUUAUGCUGAUGAUGAUGCUGAUGCUGAUGCUACUGAUGAGUACGAUGAUGGUGCUGGUAAUGAUGAUGAUGAUGAUGAUGAUGAUGAUGAUGAUGAUGAUGAUGAUGAUGAUGAUGAUGAUGAUGAUGAUGAUGAUGAUGAUGAUGAUGAUGAUGAUUAUCAUCAUGAUCAUGAUGAUGAUGAUGACGAUGAUGAUGAUGAUGCUGAUGAUGAUGAUCACGAUGUUGAUGAUGAUGACGGUGAUGAUCAUGACAAUCUACGAUGAUGUUGCUGAUGAUGAUGACGGUGAUGAUGAUGCUGAUGCUGAUGAUGAUGCUGAUGCUGAUGCUGGUGCUGAUGAUGCUGAUGAUGAUAAUGACGAUGAUGAUGCUGCUGAAGAUGAUGGCGGUGGCGAUUGUGGUGGUGAUGAUGGGAAUGGUGAUGGUAAUAGUGAGUGA